AUGAAAGUUUCGACAGUUUUUCUCGCCGCAGCUGCCCAUGCUCAGAUUCUAGAUGAUGAGGAAUGCUACUCCGGAAGAGUUAGAGUUGACUGCGAAACUUUUGAACCCUUUCCCGAGCUUCCAGAAGAUUCUCCUUUAGCUCGCCGCCGAAAGAAGGGCAAGGGAAAAGACAAAAAGCCCCGUGAGGACAAAGUCGACAUCCCUUCCACUUAUGGCGAUCUCGCCACCAUCGCCGGCAAGGUCUGGAACAUCAACGGUCUCAAGAAAAAGGAGAGCUUCAACGCCGCAGAUUUUUGGGCUUACGGCUGCUUCUGCCACCAGUUGACUGGGAAGGACAUGAGCGAAAUCGGAAAAGGAAAACCCAUCGAUUCCUUGGAUACUGCCUGUCAUCAAUACAAGGUCUGCCUCAGCUGCGCAACUGCAGCUUACGGAGAAGACUGUAACAACGAAGAUGAAAGCUACAGAUGGGUCUACAAGCGACGAAAUAAGUCGAUCUACACGAAAGAACCAGAAAACAGCUGCAAAGCCUCGCUAUUCAACUGCGACUUGGCUUUUGCCAAUCAAAUGUUUGCCGCUCGAGAAUUUGCCCAGACCGGUUCCGGACAAUGGUUCAACGGAUUUGACGAGAACGAAUCUUGUGUCAGCGGGGGCGGCGCUGGUGCCGGCGGUGCUGGAGGAUUCAGCUCUGAUGAUAGCAGCGCCUCAAGUGUCCGAGGCGUCGGAGUUGAGCAUCAAUGCUGCGGAGGAAAUGGCAAUCCGUUCGUCAAAAUCAAUCCCGCCACUCAACAAUGCUGCUCCGGAAAAGCCGCCAGCGCGGACAGCUCCUGCUAG